UUGAAGUGAGUGGACAACACAUAUCACCACGUGUCUGCUCUUCAGCAUUCUCUACAAACAGGUGUCUCACCGCACACCAACCUCAUUUGGCUAAUUUAAGCAGCCACACACCACUUUUCCGCCAUGCAGAGACACUUCUCUUUUUCUGUCCGAAUCUCCUCACCUGUUUCUUUAAUUUCUAGCUCCAUUUUCAGCCACCUCAGCCCUGCUGAACUCUUUUGUGAAGAACGUUCAAUUUUACAAACACCUUUCAGACCCUUUUGAGACGGAUACCGACAGCCUGACUUGAGUUUCAAGAACGUUGAAAAAUCAGGAAAAGAAUGGCAACACGUAGAUAUGCGUUCGGAAGGGUAGAUGAGGCAACACAUCCAGACUCCAUGAGAGCCACCGUAGCUGAGUUUGUGUCCACUUGUAUCUUUGUGUUCGUCGGAGAAGGCUCCAUCCUCGCAAUGGACAAGAUAUACAGGGAUCCAGGAUCGUCAGCCGGCGAGCUCAUGGCGAUUGCGACAGCGCAUGCGUUUGCAUUAUUUGCGGCUGUAUCGGCGAGCAUGCAUGUGUCGGGGGGUCACGUGAACCCCGCUGUGACGUUCGGCGCUCUUCUCGGCGGAAGGAUAUCGGUGCUGCGAGCUAUAUACUACUGGGUGGCUCAACUCCUCGGCGCCAUUGUUGCUGCUCUCUUGCUCAGGCUGGUCACCAAUAACAUGAGACCACCGUCGUUCACGUUGGGAAUAGGGGAGGGCGCGAUGCACGCACUUAUAUUCGAGAUAGUGAUGACGUUCGGUCUGAUGUACACCGUUUACGGCACCGCCAUCGACCCGAAGAGAGGAACCAACGGAGCAUUAGCCCCGCUGGCAAUUGGGCUCAUAGUUGGGGCCAAUAUUCUCGUUGGUGGGCCUUUUGAUGGGGCAUGCAUGAACCCAGCUAGGGCUUUUGGGCCUUCCUUGGUGGGCUGGAGAUGGCACUACCACUGGAUCUACUGGGUGGGCCCACUCAUCGGAGCUGGGCUCGCAGCCCUCAUCUAUGAAUACACCGUCAUCCCCACUGAGCCACCUCAUCCUCACCAACCCUUGGCUCCUGAGGAUUACUGAAAAUUAAGCCUUCAAGCGUGAAUAAUGUAUUUUAUAUUUAAAUUUUAUUUUAUUUUCCUUUGUGUUUUGGUGUAUCAGAGGUCUGUGUGUGCGUGCGUGCGUGUGUGUGUGUGUCUGUCUGUGCAUGCAUUUUUUUGGGGCCGUUUGUGUCAGAUGUGAAGUAGCAAUCCUGUGUUUUAUGCAUAUUAAAUAAAAUAAUGUGAA